UGCUCGGAGUGGCUGCUGGAGCCUUGCCUCUCUCUACAGUUGCUCCAAGGGUCUGGCACACAGGAGAGGAGAAGGAUCAGGCAGGGAAGACAGCUUGAAUUAUUGACGAGAGCAAUGGCGCUGCCGGCCGUGAGGAGCGAGGCGCGGGUGGGAAUGCUGCUGCUGUCGGUGCUCAGCCUGCUCAGCGCCAGGCUCGUGGGCGCUGGCCAGGACUCCGGGAGUGCCAUCCCUGCAGAAAGCCGUCCCUGCGUUGACUGCCACGCGUUCGAGUUCAUGCAGAGGGCCUUGCAGGACCUGAAGCAGACGGCGUUCGGCCUGGACGCGCGGACAGAAACUCUCCUCCUGAGGGCAGAAAAGAGAGGCCUGUGUGAUUGCUUUCAUGCAAUACACUGAAAUGAGCACUGGGAUUUGACCAAUGGACAUAUAUUCAUUUUUAAAAUGCUGUUCAGUAAAUUACAGGAAGAUACAGAGUGCAAGUUGUGCCCCACCAUAAGGAAAAGCAUUUUUAUCAAAACAGGUACAGCUCAGAUUAUUUUUGCUUUGUUGUGGUUUGUCAUAAGUCUAUGUGAUAUUGCAUCUGCUGAAAUGUCAAGAGAAGAAACAGUGCCAAAGUCUUGCUUAUGGAUUUUAUGCAAGGACAGAAUACUGCUUUUUUGGUAUUUCAAGCCAAAAAUUGACCUUGGACUCCCAGGCCAACCUCUUGGCUUAUGUGAAUUGCCAUAGAGCUGUGAAAGUCAGUGUAGUCAAAUUUUUUAAUGUAUUUAUAGAAGAAUAACAUGAAAAGGAAACUCCUUUGCCAUGAUGCAUAGAUAAACAUUUACAAACAAGCAGACUUGGCAUUAUCUAGAAAUUAAUAGUUAUCAAUGACUGCUUGGCAGUCCAAGGAAGAGAUUUGUUCCCCAAUUGUAUCAAUAGUCCAGUGCACAGCAAACACAGUAAUCUGUCUGACAAUUUUGAUUUCUUCAGAGCCACACAGUAGCUGUGAUCUUUUUGGAGAGAUUUAUUAAGUAUCUAAUGUGAUCAGUAACAUUUGUAAUCACAUGAAUACUGCCUGGCAGUUGAACUGAUUGCGUCUGCCAAAAUCUUCUGGAGAAGUGUCUUUCAUUAAGCAAAUCACAUGCUGGAUUGAACCACUCAAAGUGGCCUCUACAGAGAGUUUUGGCAGAGAGUCUACACAAUGCCUGUCUGCCCAGGAGUCUCUUGUAAACUGUAUUUUGGGAUAAUAAUACUUAAUAAAUACUUAAAUUCUACCAAAAUGGUCCUUAGCUCUUGCAUGGACUCUGCACUCUGAACUCUCUCUGGGUGGGUUAUAGUGCUGAUGUUAUUUGUAUUUCUGCUGCAGAGACAAGAGAGAACAAACCAAUGUAAGCAGUGUAGUCGUAGUAGUAGACAAUAAGAUUGUGCCUUGUUACUCUUUAAAAGAGAAUAACAAAUCCUUUCUCUUUUUGGUUUGUUUUUUUGGUGUUUUUUUUUUCAUUUUUUCUUUAUUUUGGGAAGCAGAACAGAAAUGGCCCCAGUGGAAAGUUCCUGUUGAUAACAAUACAUUUUUCAUUUGGCUUAAAAUAUCAUCCCCAAAGUAGAGAUUUGUGUAUCAGCUCAAGCAUCUAUAUACUCAAAAAUUAGGCUCCAAAUUUUUUAUACAAACAAGAAUAUUGGAACAGGAUCAACAAAAAAAGUCAUUUUCAAAGUCAUUUUACUAAUUCUUUUCAAUACGUCUAUCUUUCCACAAGAGGCUGGUGUUUUUGAUAUUUUGCUCUCAGCCUGCUCAGUAAGUUAGGAUAGAAGCUACCUGUAUGUUUCCAAACUGCUUCUUUCCCAUUUUGUCUACAACAUCAAACACAUGGAAAUAGGGAACUUUGACCCACUGCCUAGUUAUUAUUUCAUGUGCAGUCCUACUCAGUAACACAAAGGAGCAUGUUGCCAUAUAUUCUGCCAAAGUUGUUAGAAAGGCGUGUGGUUGUCAGCAAGGAAAACCUUCCUUGCACCUGCAUUUCAAAUGAGAAGUCUGUUUUGUCCUCUGUAGUAUUCCAGCAAACCCCUUUAGAGGUCCUUGGGACCUGUUUUGUGUACAAGAGAAGCAGCAUGACACAGCAGCAGCUCCCUUCUGGUAGCAUCACGCUGCACUGUGGCACCGUCAAUAGAGCAGCAGAGGUUUUCCUCAUAGACCAAAUUUUAUUGUACAAAGAAAACAGUAGGAUUAACACAACUUCCUUGAAGAAUACCAGCCUUUGGCUUCUUUACUCCCACUUAUAUCUGGACCAAAGUAAUGCACAGCUUUUGAGCCAGCUUUUUGCAGAGAUGGAGCCCCAGCACUGAACGUGUGAAUUUUCCAGCACAGUUCCCCUUUUCAGGGGGCAGCAUGUCUAUGGUUUGGUAUUGAUAUUGUGCAUGCUUAUUCUGCUGGUACCCUAAAGAAUAUUGCAAAGUCCUGUUACAAGAAUUGGGGUUUUUUGUUCAUGUUCUCAUUUCAGAAAAAUGGUUGCUCACAGUUGAGUUUUGAUAUAUGCAGCUUGUUAUAAUAGAAAGGUGGAAUGAAUGACAAGUGGAUGUUGUCUGACUCCCAAAGGGAUCAGAGUGACACUGCAACUUUAUGGUUGUAACAGAGUGAUUGUUCUGUACUUCUCUUUGUCUAUAAUACAACACAAUAAAAGGGCAAGAUGCAUUAUAGUA